CAUCGAACGCGGCUGCCAGGACCCAGGCCCUGUAAUCCCGCCUCCAGCAGUUACCUCUGCGGUCUCUACCUCGUCGUCAAGUCGCUCUAUCUGGUGAAUUCAACUGUACAGCUCUAUGUGACCGGAAGGUACCUUCAUGAGGACGGCUUUCUUUUUGGAAUAAGCACACUGGUCGAUCUUCUUAGCACGAGGCUCUGGGAUCACACAGGUUCAUUUCCACGUGUGGCUCUAUGUGAUUUUGAACUUCGUCGAAUGGGCAGCAACCAACACCGGUACACUAUUCAGUGUGUCCUACGCGUCAAUAUUUUCAACGAAAAGAUUUACAUAUUCCUCUGGUUUUGGUUUUUCCUGAUAUCUGCAGUCAACCUUCUCAGCCUUCUUAAAUGGUCUUACAGGAUUCUCUUCAAGUCUGUGAGACUCGCUUUCGUCCGAAAUCUGAUCUGCAUUUACUUGAACAUCUCGCUGACCAACGGAAACCGCUUUAACCUGAAGAGUGGACAGGGAAAAAACAAAAACGGUCAACCACAAUUUGCCGACGACUCCGAGCUGACUAUGGCAGACUGCUUCAAAACACAAGCCGAAAAAGCUCAAUCAAAGUGUUUUGUUGAAGACAUUUUGGGUCAGGAUGGUGUCUUUCUGCUGCGCUUUGUCUCCAUGAAUGUUGGUCCAGCUGCGGCCGCGGAAAUUGCUGGUGUCUUUUGGACAAAGUACGGCAAAAGUGUGAAUCCCGAGGUUUUUGGUCGUUUCGGUAUGACUGCAGAAAGUACAACUGUACCUACUUCGCCACCGGUGCCUCCCAAAAGAUCCACCAUAGCAAGCAGUCGACUAAACGCCCAAAUGGAAGGUGACAUCUGUAUCCCUCUGAUAAAUCUGCAUUCAAAAAGGCAUACUGACGCAGUAGACUCAGAUAAAUCCUCAAGCUCCUCGCGACCGACCGUGGAAAAUCUUCGACGCAGAAGACGUCAUCAUCGAUGGCAAACUCCCGAAUCAUUCGACCGAAACUCACCUGCGCUAGAUAAAACUGAUCCAUAUGUUGAUGAUCAGUACACGGAUGAACAACAAGUGGAAAAUGAAUUCGAUGACAUGUUCACGUAA